CUUGUCACUUCUCCACCACAAACAACCAACACCUGCCCUCUCUCCUGACCAGCAUGUUCGGCUCCUCCUCAUCAUCAUCAGCAGAAGCGCCGCAAAUCCAACCACUCAACGUUGCCCCUCCCCACCUGUCAGCACAAGAGCACGAUGCAGCGACCAGUGCCACCCCCGCUUCAUUCGCGGAUAUCCCACCUCGUCUUGUUCUCGGAUUGCAGAAUGUGACCAUUGCGGUGGAGCCAGCCUUGGUGCAGGGAGAAGUCAAAAUUGAUGGUGUACAGAGGGGAGAGAUGUGGGCCACUGAGUCGUCCCUCUCCUUCCUCCCUUCCUCAGGCCAAGGCUUCUCCCUUCCUUACCCGCUCAUCGUUCUCCAUGCUGUCUCUGCCUCAGUGCCCGCUGCGAUCGCCUCCUCAGGCUCAUCUUCAGCGCGACGCUCCAUCUACUGCCAAAUCGAGCGGCAAAGUGGAGAAGACGAGGAAGGGGACGAAGAUGAGGCAGACGGGUUGAGGGAGAUGUGGAUCGUACCGGAGAGUGAUGCGGAUGUCGACCCCCUCUUCCAAUCCCUCUCGCACUGCGCCUCCCUCCACCCCUCGAUCCAAGAUGGCGACGGUGAAGACGACGAUGGUGGCAAUCCAUUCGCGGGCAUGGGUCCAUUCGGGACCGGUCUGACAGGAGGCGUGGCAGGGCAAUUCGACGAUGUCAAUGGCGGUGCAGAUGGGGAGCAGCAGGAGCUCAGCGAAGCUGGAAGGGCCCAUCUUGAUCGAUUCGAGGCAAUGCUUGGCGGUAGUACCGACGCUCCCUCGGCCAACGACGACGACGACUCGCAGUCCGGCCUCUCGCGCUCGUCCAACCUACUUCUUCUCCGCACCCAGCCGCAGCCCUAUCCCUCUCUCUUCCAGGCCCCGCUCCUCUCCUCCCUCCUCGCCCUCCUUGACGCAUACGCUCCAGUGGUGGGAUGGGACCCUUCCCCGGCCGAAGGCACCAUGCGCAUUGUAUUCGACAACCGUCGCUCUGCCGCACGAAGGGUGGAAGACGACUUAUCGCGGGUUCAGGAAGUGCUGGACGGCCUGCAAUUGGAGGUCGAAGGAGUGGCCGCAGGCGAAGAACCGCCACGUUUGAGCGCUACAGUCCUUGCCCACGGGAUCGACGUCGACUCCCUGCUCCCGCGCGGAUUGACGGAUCCUGCAACUUCAUCGAGAGACGGGGCUCCUCAGCGUUCCGCCUUUGCUCCGACGGACCAUCUUCAGCCACCGAAUACGGAUCGCAAUUUCCUCAUCUCGCCACCAGGGUCUCCGCCUAUUGGGUGGGAGCCGAUGAGGGAGGACCCGCCGAAUAGAGAGACACUGGCUGGUGAUCUGAUCGAGGCGCUCAAAAGGUUAAGCGGUGGGGCGAGGGAGGACGAAGACAAGGAAGAGGAGCAGAGCGAGACGAAGGCGCAAGCGCAAGCGCAGGCAGGAAGUGGGGGCUCGACGGGUUCGACGAACGGCCCGAGGCCGGGCGAGGUGAAGGUUGUGAUGCGCAGUGGACAGGAAGAUGGCCAGGAAGGAUUGACAGUUACGGUGCAGUCCUUCGACGAUGAGGGCGAUGAUGGCCAAGAGUCUGCAGGCUCCUCUCGCCCGGACAUCACAAAGGUCAAGGCAACGGUGGAAAGCAUGCAGGCGAGCGGCAACGUCGAUGGUCUUGGAUUGGGUGACGCAGCCGGGGGAGGCAAGAGGAUCACGCCCACAGGUCGUCCUCCUCUCGCCUAG